AUUUUCCCCUUCCAUCUCGUAUCCUCGGGAGUAGUGCUGUGCUCCUCCUUUUGCUCCAUCACCAUAGUCUUCAGCCUUGGGGAAUUCUUUGGGACUCCCCUCACUUAACAAUAUUGACUUGCAUCUUCGAGGCUACUACUACUGUACUUACCCACCAUGGCAAGCAUGGAACUCGAUGGAGGGGUCGCCCUUGUGACUGGGGCAUCGUCCGGCAUUGGCAAAGAUGUUUGCCUUUCGCUCGCCGAAGCCGGCGUCGAGUCGAUUGUACUCGCCGAUCUGAACCUCCCUGACGAGGCCAUUCUGAAGGAGUGUCAAAAAUUCUCCUCUCACUUUAGCUUUCGCGCCAUUGCUGUCGUCGUCGAUGUCGUCGAUGAAGCCAGUGUUAACGAUAUGAUUCAACGCGCUGUUGCCGACUUUGGCCGAAUUGACUACUGCGUCCAUUCCGCGGGCAUUUCGACCAAGCGUUCACCCACCUCCGAUCUAAACGUGGAGGCUUUUGACAAGUUGAUGACAACCAACUCCCGCGGAUCGAUGAUGGUGCUGCGGGCCGUCACCCACGCCAUGGCACGCCAAGAGCCUCGUUCGUACACCAGCACACGCAGCAACACAACACGCAGUCUGGGGCGCGGGUCAAUUGUCGUCAUUGCAUCAAUCAACGGCAUGAUAUCAGCAGCUGGCAUGAUGCCAUACACAGCGUCCAAGCACGCGACCAUUGGGAUCGCCAAGACCGCCGCCGUGGAUAACUUUGAGAACCAGAUCCGUGUAAACAUUGUCUGUCCGUCGUGGACUGAUACGCCAAUGAUGCAGAGGGGCAAUGAAUACUUUCCUGCGCUGGGCCCAGCAAUCCAGAAGCUAUGCCCACUCGGCAGGACCGCCAUGGUGGAAGAGGUGUCCGAUGCGGUUGUCUUUCUGUCUAGCCCCGCUGCUUCGUUUAUUAAUGGGGAAUCCUUGGUGAUUGACGCGGGUUUUACUCUGACGGGAUUUCGGCUAGCUCAGUAGGAUGCUAUCGUGUCGUUCAGUAGAGGUCAUGUAAUCAGAACACCACAAACUUAAUGAAGGGGGUGCUCCGGACCUAUCGAAAUAUGAUCCUCUGGUCCAGUUCCUUCACCCUUUUAUUAUCAGAUGAGUGUGUGUUUAAUGGCAGAUAGCAUUCACAGGCUAGGAACAUAUGAUCAG